UUUUUUGGUUGCAUAUAUAUCAAUAUUUAAGCGGGAAAAUAAAAAAGCUUCCAAUUCCAUUUCUCAAAGUAGCUUUCUAAGGUUCGUUUUUCUGUUUUUGUUUUUCAGAGUAUAGUUUUUAUUCUUCCCUUUUCGGCUUUUCCUUUUUUUUUCUUUCUAAUUUGAAAGAUUUAACUGCCGAGGAAAACGAGGAAGAAAAUAACAUAGUAAGAGGUAAUAAACACACCAAGGUGUUUUUUUAUUGCUUGUGUGAUGAUGAUGAUCAUCAUCAGUUUCCAGGGUAUUCUUACAUGGUUUUGAUGAUUUUGUUUUUUUGUUGAAAAAGUGAUUUUGGUUUUGGUUUCCCGAAACGUGCAUACCCAAACUAGUACGAUUUUGGUUGUUACCUUAUCUGGUUGAAAACAAACUAGUACAGUAUCCUAGUUCCUAGAUUCUGUUGCGUAACACGUUUGUACCUUUGUCUGCUGCUGAGGUAGAGGGACAAACUCAAAAGCCUUGGUUAAUAUACAAAUCUCUACUUUUAAUUUGUACUUAGUUGCUGUAAUAAUCUGAGUUUUCCUGGAAUCAAAAGCUUAUUUAAGUUUAACAAAGAAAUAUGAAAUUCUUUUCAUUUAUCAAUUUCCUUCAUGAUCCAUUUUUCUCCCUUUGAUUCUUGGACCUUGAUUAAUCUUUUGUUUUUCAUUUGUUAAUACUUGAUUAAGAAGAUUAAAUUCUGGAGAGUAUGCAACUUUAACAGUGUAACAUAAAACUGUAAUGUUCUCUUCUUUUCCCCCCUUGCCAAACACAAAAUUGAUCACAUUUCAGUGAAAUUCCGGUUACUUAUACAGUGUUUUGGACUUUUGCUUACUUAUGAUGUUAUCAAGAAAUGCUUCUUUAAUGCAUUUUCUAUCUUGAAAAAAAAAAACAGUGGAUCUGUACGCUCAUAUGUGUUUGGAGCUGAUUAAGUCAACUGCACUGGUCAUUCUCAAUCCAUAGAGCAUGAAUUCUCCAACUUCACACUUUGUUCCCCCAAGAAGGAUGGGAGUAUAUGAUCCAAUCCACCAGAUUAGUAUGUGGGAAGAGAAUUUCAGAAGUAAUGUUAGUUUAAGUGCAUCAACGCUCUUAAUUGAUGAUGCGGAGAUUAAGUUUGACAAUCAGUCAGAAUAUGCUUCUCAUGGAAUACCAGGAACAUCUAAACAAUAUGACCAAGAAGCUAACAGACUUGCUGAUAAGAUACAGAGACGCCUUGCACAAAAUCGAGAGGCUGCUCGUAAGAGUCGUUUGCGCAAAAAGGCCUAUGUACAGCAACUAGAAUCAUGUCGCGUGAAGCUAAUGCAGUUAGAGCAAGAGGUUGAUCAUGCAAAACAACAGGGAUUACAUAUUGGUGGUACUGGAUUGGGUUCUAAUAGUUUGGGUUUUGCUGCCUCUUUAAAUUCAGGAAUAGCAAACUUCGAGAUGGAGUAUGGACGUUGGCUAGAAGAGCGGAAUAGACAUACCUUGGCACUUAGAAAUGCUUUAAGUUCUCAUAUGGGUGACGUAGAACUCGGAGAACUUGUAGAUGGCACAAUGAACCACUAUUUUAAACUCUUUGGCAUGAAAUCUGCUGCUGCAAAAGCUGAUGCUUUCUACGUUAUGUCCGGCAUGUGGAAAUCAUCAGCCGAACGAUUUUUCUUCUGGAUUGGAGGCUUUCGCCCCUCAGAAAUUCUAAAGAUUCUGGUACCUAGGAUUGAAACCAUGACAGAGCAACAAAGGUCAGACAUAAGCAACCUUGGAAAAUCUUGUCAGCAAGCAGAAGAUGCCCUUUCACAAGGCAUGGACAAACUUCAACAAAUGGUUUCAGAAUCUGUAGCAGCAGGACAACUUGAAGAACAAACUAACACUCCAAACAUGUCUACUGCAAUGGAGAGAUUGGCAGCUCUAGUGAGCUUUGUGAACCAAGCUGAUCAUCUGCGACAGGAAACAUUGCUGCAAAUGUCUCGAAUACUUACAAAACGGCAGGCUGCGAGGUGGCUUCUUGCCUUGGGGGAAUAUUUUCAACGCCUGCAAGCUUUGAGCUCUUUCUGGGCUAAUCGUCCUUCCAAACCUGCUGAGUGCUUAAUACCUUAGCCUUCAAAAAAUACUGAGGCAACCUGUAACCAAGAUUUCACUAAAAUCAGCAACACAAUUGUUUUUCUUACUCAUUGUUUUUCAUACACCGAGCUGAUUCACUCUCACCUACUAUUGAAUGUGUUGUCAAACCCAGUUGAUUUGCGCCUUAUAACUCAUUCAAUGUUAGAUGGGAUUGAGCCAGCUUACUGGCUUGAGAAAUGGAGAAUACAUAUAACACACACCAGAGCCAUGACUCAUGGAUUUGUGCCUAGGUUGCUCCUAUUUUUCUGUUAGUCUUCUGUUACUUGGUUUGUAAAUGCAGAUGCCCAUUUUACGAAAAGAAGUUUGUAACUAUUCUAUAUGGGAGUUGGUCAUGUAAGAAAGAAUGUGUAAAGUUGUGUCCUUCUAAACAAGAAGCUUGUUUUGAACAUGAUACAGAUUAGGUUAGGUAUCAUUUUAGAUUUUUGGGCAUUCAGGGAUUGAACGUGUAAAUAUAGCUGAGGUAAGAUAACAGAGGGUAUGAUAUUCUCUCGAUUAAUCA